UUGCGUAACUCGGGGAGGCGCGCCUGGGCCUCGCGAGGCCGGCAGCCCCGCGUCAUCAUGCGGAAAGCCCGGAUCGGCGCCUGCGCACUCGGGGGCCCCGAGGCCCUCAGUCCAAUCGGCGCGGAGCGGCUCUCCUCCUCCCGCCUGGCCGGGCGCGCGCCUCCGUAGUCCAGCAGCCGGCGAACUGAGGCGAUGGGAGCGGCGGCGGCCGAGGCGGACCGGACCCUCUUCGUGGGUAACCUUGACCCCAAAGUCACCGAGGAGCUGCUCUUCGAGCUCUUCCACCAGGCAGGUCCAGUCAUUAAAGUAAAGAUUCCGAAGGACAGGGAUGGGAAACCAAAGCAGUUUGCAUUUGUGAAUUUCAAACAUGAAGAAUCUGUCCCCUAUGGCAUGAGUCUACUUAAUGGGAUCAAACUUUUUGGGAGACCUCUCAAAAUUCAGUUUCGAUCAGGGAGCAGUCAUGCAUCUCAAGAUGGCAGUUCACCUUAUUCACAACAUGGAUCUGCUAAUGGAAGCCCCUCCAGUAUACAACAACUGCCAGCAGCAACUGCCAAUAACAGCAGGUAUGACAGGAAUGUGGAUAGCGUGUCAACAGGGUUGCCAACUGUGCAGAGAUCUUUCUCGUCUCCAGAUAACCUCCAGAGACAAGCAGUGAUGAAUAAUAUGUGGCAACAGCCGCAGUACAGUGGCAGGCCCAGCUCUCUGCACUCUGAGCAGUCUGGCUUUGCUUCGCCAGGACACCAGCAGAGUUACUCAUUUACCCAGCCGUCAACCCCACCAAUGCAGUGGCACCCAGAGACUGUAUCAGCCCAGCGUAAGACCCGAGUGAGCUCUCAUCCGUAUCAGGCUGACAGCAGGCAUUAUAGCCGGGAGCAGCAGCGACUUGGCGACUAUGGCUUGGAGCAUCAUUUCAGGGGGAGUCGAGAGGAGUAUUGCCACGAUGAUAGGAACUAUGGAGGCUGGAGUCACGAUUAUGAUAACCGGAGGGAAAACUACCGAGAUGGCAAAUGGCGUCCCUCCCGCCACUAACCAAGUAUUCAGAGUGGGAUUUUGCAUACCUUUCCUUGGGGGAAAAUUAGGUGGUUCUUUCCUUUUUAAGAAAUUGUUUUUUACAGAGAGCUUGUAAAGAGUAACUGCACCAGUUACUUUUUUUUAAAAAAAGAUCGUUUUAUAAAAAAUCACCUGCAGUAUGUAUUUUGAGAGAAGUGGCUUUGUUUCAAUUGUAUUAACCUUUCCCUCAGGGUUUAGGCAAAAAAGUGCCACGCUUUUAAACAAAGAAACAAAAAAAUCAUGGUAGUUUAUUAUGUAAGGAAAAAAAUGGUGCCGCUUUGGUUAUAUUUUAAAAUGAAUGUUGGUAUUUUUGUAGAGUGUUAAUAUGAGAGCGAGAGCGAGAGAGCACCCCAAGGUGGUUGUGGUAGUAAUCCCAUGAAAGAGCACUAUGGAGUAGGAAGCUGAACGGCACGUGAAAAUAUUGGUGACAGUGUUUUGCUACUGGAAUAAAUGUUGCUUUUCAAUACUUGUUGUAUUAAAGAAACAUUCAGCCUGUUUAGACAUUAAGAGUGAAGCAAAUUUGCUGGAUGACUUGAUAAUUCGUACUGAAGAAUGUGUUAAUUUUUCCAGCUGCUUUCAUGGAGUCCCUUGAUUUUUAUAUUAAGAGCAAGAGAGCCUGCAGUAUCAUAAGAAGACUUUCCUAACAAUUUAAGUGAUUAAAACUUCUCAGGAAAUCA